AAGGUCGAUUUCUUGGCGAAGCAAGGCAAUCGAGUUGAAUCAAACGACGAUUAAUACGAUCAAAGAGCGAUAUUCAAGAUGAAGUCUUGUACAGUUUUGUUAUGUCUAGUACUAUGUAUAGUGCCGUUUGUUAUGACACAAUCACAAGCACAUGUAUUGCCCUAUCCGGGUGACUGCAGCAAGUAUCAACAGUGCGAUGCGAGUGGUUGCUUUGUGUUCAGCUGUGGUGCAGGAACAGAAUUUAAUCCUGCUAUAAAUACUUGUGACUAUCCUUUGAGAGAUCGUACAGGAUGUAAUAAUCGUGGAUGAGAACUUUCGAGUUCGAGAAGUUAUUGUAAAGAGACAUGAGAUUAUUUUGAAAUAUUCCAUCCCUAUGAAUAUACAUUAUUACAUUUGUGUAAAUAAAGUUAUAAUAUU